GCAAGACGCCGCCUCGUGAGGGACCAGAUACACAGUGCCGUAUCCUAGAAUAAGAGCAUCGGCAUUGGAAGGUGGAUUUGACUGGCCGACUGAGACUGCGUUGGGCGGCAACGAGGCAGGAUGGUCAGGCCUCUGGAGCUUGUUCGACCCUUCCUCACCGUGCUGCCGGAUAUUGAAUUGCCUGAGAGGAGAGUUUCUUUUCGCGAGAAGGCAGCGUACACGGCGGUGGCCCUGUUCGUGUUUUUGGUGUGCUCUCAGCUGCCCCUUUAUGGGAUCAAAACCAACUCUGGGUCAGACCCUUUCUACUGGGCCCGCGUCAUCAUGGCGUCAAACAGGGGUACAUGCAUGGAGCUGGGUAUCAGUCCAAUUGUCACGUCAGGACUGGUGAUGCAGCUCCUAGCAGGCUCCAAACUCAUAGAUGUGGACAACAGUGUGAAGGCGGAUCGGGAACUGCUAAAUGGAGCGCAGAAGCUGCUGGGUGUCCUUAUAACCAUCGGUGAGGCUGUGGCCUACGUGGUGUCUGGCAUGUAUGGAGACGUCCGUGAGCUCGGCGCCGGCAAUGCUAUCCUGAUCAUCACCCAGCUGUUCUUUGCCGGCAUCAUCGUCAUCUGCCUGGACGAAAUGCUGCAGCACGGCUAUGGCCUGGGCUCGGGGAUCUCCCUCUUCAUCGCCACCAACAUCUGCGAGAGCAUCAUCUGGAAGGCCUUCUCGCCCUACACCGUCGCCGGCCCCCGCGGCGUCGAAUUUGAAGGCGCCAUGAUUGCCUGCUUCCACCUACUGCUCACCCGUGGGGACAAGGUCCGCGCCCUGAAAGAGGCCUUCUACCGCAGCAGCCUGCCCAACGUCAUGCAGCUGAUGUCUACCAUCGCCAUCUUCAUGGUCGUCAUCUACUUCCAGGGCUUCCGCGUGGACCUCCCGGUGCGGUCGAAGCAGAGGCGCGGCGCGCAGCAGAACUACCCCAUCAAGCUGUUCUACACCUCCAACAUGCCCAUCAUUCUGCAGAGCGCACUUGUGUCCAACCUCUACUUCAUCUCCCAGCUCCUCUACAAGCGUUAUGGCGGGAAUAUUCUCGUGCAGUUGCUGGGCAAGUGGCAGGAGGUGGACAUGUCGGGGCAGAUGCACCCGGUGGGCGGGCUGGUGUACUACAUCAGCGCGCCCCACAGCCUGGCGCAGGUGGCGGCCAACCCGCUGCACGCGCUUGUCUACGUAGCCUUCAUGCUGGGCGCCUGCGCGCUCUUCUCCAAGACCUGGAUCGAGGUCUCUGGCUCCUCCGCCAACGACGUCGCCAAGCAGCUGCGCGAGCAGCAGAUGUUCCUCCAGGGGCACCGUGACACUGUGCAGUCGUUGAAGAAGGAGCUGAACCGGUACAUCCCCACCGCCGCCGCCUUUGGAGGCAUGUGUAUAGGCGCGCUGACCAUUGUGGCCGAUUUCAUGGGGGCCAUUGGAUCAGGGACAGGGAUCCUCUUGGCUGUCACGAUCAUAUAUCAGUACUUCGAGGCGUACGAGAAGGAGAAGGCGCAGGGUCAGAACCUCUUUUGAGUGCAUCAGGCCUUCACUGUAUGACCUGGUUCCUGCUCAGGAACUGCCGACUGUCUGCGAAAAACUGGCUUGAUUACAGGAGGGGUGCAGUGUGUCAUCGGUGUCAGGUCUGGUGUGCUCCAGCUGUACAGAUCUGACAAAACUUGACUUGUUACUAGCACUCGGCCUCUUGUGGGUUGCUGUUGUAUCGCCGUUGGUGCAGGGCCUCAACUUGAGGGAGGCUAGGGUCUUAGGGCAGCUUUGCAGGAAUACUUGAGCAAAUGGCUGUCACCUGCUCUUACAUGGGUCGCAGCAUGGGCAGAGGAUAGGGAGUGAUGUUUCAUGAGUGUGUGCGUGGCGUUCUUAAGUGAGAGUGGGAAAUACAAUUCUGGAUUAGUUUUGUAAUAUGAUGCAUAAGCAUAUC